AUGGCCUUGAAGGCUCAGUUAUUUGAUCAUUCCUCUGUUGGUGUAGUGGCUGGUAGCUCUUGUAAGGUGGCUGGUAGCUCUUGUAAGGUGGCUGGUAGCUCUUGUGAGGUGGCUGGUAGCUCUUGUGAGGUGGCUGGUAGCUCUUGUGAGGUGGCUGGUAGCUCUUGUAAAGUGGCUGGUAGCUCUUGUAAAGUGGCUUGUAGCUCUUGUGAGGUCGCUGAUAGCUCUUGUAAGGUGGCUGGUAGCUCUUGUGAGGUGGCUGGUAGUUCUUGUGAGGUGGCUGGUAGCUCUUGUGGGGUGGCUGGUAGCUCUUGUGGGGUGGCUGGUAGCUCUUGUGAGGUGGCUGGUAGCUCUUGUGAGGUGGCUGGUAGCUCUUGUAAGGUGGCUGGUAGCUCUUGUGAGGUGGCUGGUAGCUCUUGUGAGGUGGCUGAUAGCUCUUGUGAGGUGGCUGAUAGCUCUUGUGAGGUGGCUGGUAGCUCUUGUGAGGUGGCUGGUAGCUCUUGUGGGGUGGCUGGUAGCUCUUGUGAGGUGGCUGGUAGCUCUUGUGAGGUGGCUGGUAGCUCUUGUGAGGUGGCUGAUAGCUCUUGUAAGGUGGCUGGUAGCUCUUGA